AAGUUCUGCAAGGCCCGUUCGAUUCCGUAUGCAUACAAGGCAAAGGUAGAGGAGCAGUUAGAUGCUGAUAUCGCUAGUGGGGUUUUAGUACCAGUGAAAGACAGUCGCUGGGCAGCCCCUAUUGUACCUGUGAUUCGGCCUGAUGGCAAGAUCAGAGUCUGCGCAAAUUUCAAGCUAACCGCUAACACUGCUGUGCGCAUGGACCGUUACCCUCUGCCCAAGACGGAGGACAUGCUGUCUUCCUUGAGUGGGAAAAAUAUAUUUUCCAAACUCGACCUAGCGCAGGCAUACAAUCAGUUGGUCGUCCAUGAAGAGUCACGCGAGAUACUCACCAUCAACACGUCUCGUGGGCUUCUCAGAUAUUCCAGGAUACCGUUCGGCGUGAACGUGGCCAGUGGCGUCUUCCAGCGCGAGAUGGAGAAGCUGUUGGCGGGCAUCCCUGGAGUCGUCGUCUUCCUCGAUGAUGUUCUGCUCAGCAGUGAGACCCGGGAGCAGCACUGGAAGCUGCUCGACGUCGUUUGUCAACGUCUUCAAGACGCCGGUCUCCGUGUCAGGGAGGAGAAGUGUCUGCUCUUCCAGAGUCAGGUCGACUACCUGGGACACCUCAUCAGCGCAAGCGGAGUCCGCACGAACGCCUCCAAGGUAAAGGCUAUCUUGGCUGUCCCCGAGCCCAAGACAGUAUCGGAGCUGAAGACCUUCCUGGGUCUCAUAUCUUAUUACUCGCGAUUUGUUCCUGACAGAGCUUCUAGUUCGGCACCCCUCUAUGACCUCCUAGGGAAGAAUGCUGUGUGGCGCUGGGGCUCAAAGGAGAGAGACAGCUUCAACAAGGUCAAAGAAAAGUUGGCAGCAAAUACGCUGCUUGUCCACUAUGACAACACCAAGCAGCUCGUUUUGACUUGUGACGCUUCUAGCGUUGGUGUGGGCGCUGUGCUGUCUCAGAUCGAUGACGCAGGGAGAGAGAUGCCCAUCGCUUUCGCAUCUCGACGGCUGUCACUAUCUGAGUCUAGAUACGCCCAGAUAGAGCGCGAAGGACUGGCCAUAAUCUUUAGAGUCACAAAGUUCCACAAUUAUUUGUGUGGCGUACCUCGACCGUUCGCUCUGGUUACUGACCACAAGCCCUUAGUGAAAAUGUUCGGUGAACAUGAAGGACUGCCAGAGAUGACUGCCGCGCGGAUUCGCAGGUGGGCGCUUAAACUGUCGUGUUACAACUACACCAUACGGUUCCGCCCUACAGGCCAGAUGGGUAACGCAGAUGCACUGAGUCGCUUACCUGUUCCCACAGAAGUCGGCGCACAGAUGGAAGAGCUGGUGCUGCUGGUUGAUGAUGUGCCUCAUGAUGCUGAAGAGCUGGUUCUCCUCGCAGGUGCAGACUGGCUGGAUUCCAAGGCGAUCGCGCUGCAGACCAGUCGAGAUCCGGUGCUGUCCAAAGUCCUGAGGUGGGUGCAGUUCGCAGACUGGCCGUCCGAGGCACCAGAUGACUUCAAACCGUUUAUCAGAAGGAGGGACGAGCUUACUCAGACAGCGGGAGUGCUUCUGUGGGGUCACAGGGUGGUGGUACCCCAGUCAAGUAGGGAGACUGUUCUGCGUGAACUCCACGUGAGUCACCCCGGGAUGCGGCGUAUGAAGUCGCUAGCCAGAUCGAUUGUAUGGUGGCCUGGUAUCGACGCGCAGAUCGAGCGGGUUGUGCAAAACUGUUCGCCUUGCCAGCAGAGUCGACCCAAGCCGCCGCACGCCGAGCUGCAUCCAUGGGCCUGGCCAUCUAGACCGUGGUCCCGGAUCCACUGCGACUUCGCCGAACCGGUACGCGGCAAGUAUGUGUUCUGCAUGGUCGACGCCCAUUCCAAGUGGGUGGAGGCGGAGGUUCUGCCGUCCACCGCCUCUGCUCCCGUUAUCGCUUGUCUCCGCCGUGUGUUUGCAAGGUGGGGACUGCCAGAUAUGUUAGUCUCCGACAAUGCUACCACCUUUACGUCUGAUGAGUUUCAGCGCUUCUUGGCCGGCAACCGGGUCUGCCACCGCACGAUCGAGCCCCGACAUAGCCAGGGCAAUGGGUUGGCCGAGCGCGUGGUUAAGGAAGUGAAACUCGUGUUGCAGAGAGACGCAGGAGACGGCUGGGAGCUGGCGUUGUCCAAGUGGCUCCUGCGGCAGAGAACGACGCCUCACUCUACAACGACUGUAACGCCUGCCGAGCUGAUGCUGGGACGCAAGCUGAAGACACGACUCGAUCGUAUGUAUCCCGAUUUGAACAGGUCAACCGGCUGGUGCGGCAUGCACUACCACACCGGCUGUAACGACGCUGCCCACUGAUGUCGAGAUCUCCCGUGGCGGCGUCCCUCGACCGACUGCUGGGACCGUCUCUCAAGGCGCCGCGCUGGCCGCCGCCGAGAAAGACAUGGCCACGCGUCGUUCGACUGCUGGGCCGCCGGUUGAGGAGCUGCGGCCGCCGCCAGUCCCGAGUGCUGCCACGGGUUCGCAGUCGCAGUCGUCGAAUCCAAAAACUGUGGUGCGUUCCCCUGAGCGGGCGGCGCCCGCCGGUGCGCGCCGGGGGCCGUCGGAGACUAGUGGCGGACCGGACGUUCCGGGUGCGCAAACAUCGGCGCCGUCGCCUCGGAGAUCCGGUCGUGUGCGGAAUUCUCCUGACUUUUUCCAGAGUGUCUGGUUUUGUCGCGUUCCGUGAGGUGUACAGUGAGGUUAUAAGCGUGUUUUUUUUGGAAGGGAGGUGAUGUGGUGCAUGUAACCCUAGCUGACCCGUCGAGGGCGCGGCCCGAUUGGCCGCGACCGGUCACGUGACCGGCCGGUCACGUGACCGACCGUGCCAGACGCUGGGGUGGGCUCGGCCGGACGGGGAGUCGGGCUGUGACUGUGACACUGUCGCCAUCGCCGCUGAAUACAGAAGUACGCU